AACUGUAAGCAGUUUUGAAAAGCAGAAAUUGAAUACAGUUGUAAAAGCAUCCACUUCGAUAAAAUGUUCUGUGUAAUGCUUCAUUGCAUAUUGCUGCUAAUAGUAUCGCCUGUGGUUCAAUCUGAGGUAUACUCGGCUCUUUCUGAUCUAGAUAAACUGAUAAAAACAGAAGAUGCCGCAUUGAAGGAACUUGAUAUUUAUAUUCGAGAACAAGAGAAAAGAAUGAUAGAACUGCGAAGUUGCUUUUCAGGAGAGCAAAGCGCAUGAAUGCAGGGCACAUCGAAGCAUUGGAAAAUGCAAAGGAAUAUUUAUUUAACCCAGUGAAUGCUUUCCUUUUAAUUAAACGUCUUACAAUAGAAUUGAAUGAUAUAGAAUUGAUUACAAAAGAUAUAUCAGAACACAUACUGAUGAGUGUCAGUGAUGAAAAACCGCAAGAGUUCCCCAGUUUAGAAGAUUUAGAGGGAGCUAUGAAUGCCUUGAUUCGACUGCAAGAUGUGUACAAUCUUGAUACGUCUGUGAUUGCAAAUGGAAUCGGUAGUACGGGUUCCAAAAUGUUGUCUGACGAUUGUUUCGAACUGGGACAACAUUUGCAACAAAUUGGUGACACUCAUGGUGCAGCUAAAUGGUAUAAAGAAGCUUACAAUCGCUUUACUUUGGGAAAGACCAGCUUACGCCAAAAAGUGAAGAUCUUAGAGUAUUUAGCGUCGUAUACGUAUACGAUAGGUAAAGUGGAAGAAGCUUUGGCAUACAUAAGUGAACUUCAUCAUUUGGUACCGGAUCAUGAAAGCACUCUUCAUCAAAAGACAUUUUAUGAAGACAUUCUUUGGUAUCAGCAAGAACAGCUAUUCCGAUCCAAUAGAAUCCCGAGCAGUAAAGCAAGCAUGAGCUCCCUCACAACAUUUAAAAAGCUAUGUCGAGGUGAAAUACAACGAAAUGUCUCAGAAACGUCCCAUCUCAAAUGCCGUUACGUUUCAAACCUGUCAGCAUUUUCGAAAAUAGGUCCAUUCAAAUUGGAAGAAAUGCAUCUAAAGCCAAAAAUCGUCAUAUUUCAUGACGUUCUUUCCGAUACCGAGAUAGAACUACUAAAGCGCUUGGCAAAACCGAUCUUAGAAAGAGCUACAAUAGCAAACCAGCAAACAGGAAAAGCCGAACGGUCCAAGGAUCGAGUCAGUAAAUCAUCGUGGUUCCCGGACGAGUACCACUCUACCAUAAGGACCAUUACGAAGCGAGUUGCGGAUAUGACGGGACUGUCGAUGGAUACUGCCGAAGAGCUUCAAGUUGUAAACUAUGGACUUGGAGGCCAAUAUGAUCCGCAUUUUGACUUUUUUCAUUGGGGAAAAUUGAAGGAAGUCAACCGCAUCGCCACUGUGUUGUUCUACAUGAGCGAUGUCAGCAUCGGAGGGGCAACAGUAUUUCCAAAACUUGGCGUGACUUUGGAAGCUAGAAAAGGAACGGCUGCUUUUUGGUACAACUUGCACUCGUCUGGAGAAUUAGAUUAUUCUACGUUGCAUGGUGCAUGUCCAGUUCUGAUAGGAGAGAAGUGGGUUGCAAACAAAUGGAUCCGUGAACGAGGGCAAGAAUUUCGAAGAAAAUGUGAUCCAAAAGAUUUGGAGUGAUACAG